AUGGAUAAUGAAACCCAAAGCAUCUGUUCUGCUGUUAGUCAAAAUGAAAGAUCUGAAGCAACCAAUAUUAAUAAGGGCUCUGAGGCAUCAACUGUAAUAACCAUCGUUAAUAAAAAUUCUGAACUAACCAUUGUUAAUAACAAAAAGCACAAAAGAAAUGAUUCACAGUCUUGA